UCAGCGAAUAAUUGACGCUGUUUUAAAACUCCCAGAGCCUCUGCAGAGUCAGAACCCUAUUCUGCCGUUUGGGUUCAUUUCCAAAAGAUGGAGAUGCUGCAGGGCUUUUAUUGGCUUUUAUUAACCUUGUCAGAAUGGUUACAGCUCGAACAAAAAUAGCGCAGCCUGCUUAUACACUCAGCCGGAGGAGAACGUUCAGCCAACGCGCACCCAGGUAGGCCCCGCCCCCUCUAAUCCACCAGUCACCAGCCCACCGCUGAUUGACAUACGCUGUGGUCCAGCACCUGGCAGUGGCAGAAAGAGGGGGGCGCCAUCAAAAGCCAUCUAGAGUACACGAUACGAGAAACCUAUAACUGGAUUUUCUGUACUUAUUUUAUAAAAAAAAUUAUUAUAACAGACUUAUUAUAUAAUAAUUUAUUAUUAUUGCGUCAUUUUUUAUUAGGCUACGGCUAUACUUUUACGUUCAACAUUAGGUUUUUGCUAGGUUGAGAUUUGGGCUGGUUUUUAUUGACGUGGGCGGGUUUUACGAUGAGUUUGGGCUGGAAACUGUCACUCAGAUCUGGCAACACUGCAGGUGAGCACGUCUUUUGCUCACGAGGUUGCGGCAAUUAGGAGUUCAAGCUGGGAGAAAGAGCUGCAAAAAAGAAUACCUUGGACUAAAAGAGACUCUUUUUUCUUGACAAGCGGAAACGAGUUUUCACAUGAAAGCGAAGGCACGCAAUGUCCCACAAGAAGUGUGUGAUGACCUGCAGAAGUGCCCGCUAAGCAGAGCCGAGAGCCACGAGGAAGCCGACGCCCAUUUCCUUACCGCGUGCAGGCAAGCAUAUGAAAGGACUGGUGUCCAAUGAAGCCAGAAAGUUUUUUUUUUUUUACAAAAAGUAAAGAAAUAGUGUUAAAAGGGGAUUUAAAGGUUGCAGCUAAGGAAAUAAGUUAUUUGUCAUCUGUUAAAGCGUUUCUACUAUAUUGUUACAUAUCAAGAAAAUGUUUUUGUGACUUAUUUAGAAAAAAAAAGUUCAUUUAAAAUAUUUGAAAGCAAAGUUAAGACUACAGUUCAUCAGUAUUAUUAUUGUUACUUUAAGUGUUUUUCCAUUACAAUUUAGGCUUGAAGUGUUUGUAAAUUUCAUUUAUUUAAUUUAGUAACAGAUAAUAUGCCUUUCAUGUUUAGAUAAACUUACUACAUUUGAAAAUUUAAACAAGUUAAGACAUAUUGUCUAAAACAUAUAUUCCUAAACAUUUGCACCCUAAAGCACUUGAUAAGAUGUCACAUGCACAAACACACAAUCAAGAGGAGCAAGCUGAGGAAUCUGCCCAAGUUGAAAAUGCUCACCUUACUCCCGAAGAAGAAGCAAAAACACCACGAAGAAGUGAAAGAAUUCGAAGCUUGACUGAAAAAGGAAAAGAACUCCAAAAGGAAAAACUGAAAGCAAUGGAACGCAAGUACAGAAUGACAUAUGAAAAGUGGAGAUAUCAUGCGAGAAUUAGUAAAGAAAUGUUAUCAGAUAAAGUUUCCAAGGAGGAGCUAAAGGAAAUAAUUGAGGACCUUCAAGCUACCUCUUCUGCUGUACAGGGGAUGUACGAUGAGCUCCGCCAAGUAUGUACGCCCGAGUCAGACCUGCGGCGCAAGGUUGAUACCUGUAUGUCACUGUCAAGAUUUAUUAUCCAAAAGACUAAAAGACAGCUUCAAGGGUCACCGGCAGAUGAAGAGGAGGAACCUUGGCCAGAUGUUGGAUCAAUCUUAAAUUCAACAGUUUCAUCAUCUCAGUCAAUGUCUGAUCGGUCAAAGUGUGAUUCUUUCCACUCAAGUGUCCAAUCAGCUAAAAGAAGAGACGCUGCUGCAUGUCAAGAGGUUUUGGCAGUGUUGGAGGAACAAGAAAAGGAAGCAGUUGAAACUUCAAAGGCUGAAGAUAAAGAGCGUCUUGUUCAGUUUGAGUCAGAGAAACAAGCUAGACUUCAGGCUAUACAAGACAAACGUAGAAAACUUGAACGACUCGAAGAAGUCAAAAAGCUAAAUGCUGCUAAAGCUAGAGUAGAAGUCUACGACCAAGCAGAAGUUUCCUUCAUACAAGGUAACACCAAAAGAGUAAGAACUUCUCAAAAUUUUCCUUUGACAAAGUCAUCAUCUAUGCUUCAAAUACCAAGACCUCCUGUGAUUCCUACGACUUUUCCAGCCCCUGUUCAAACACUUGAUGCCUCAAGUCCUCCAUUUAUUCCACAAGCUAUCACAUACCAAAUGACGACACCCCCAACAACCACGACUCAUGUGCAAGACGGUGCAAACUUUGUUAGUAUUUUAGCAGAAGCCAUAAGUGCUAAUCGUCUUCCAACACCUGAGCCCACAAUUUUUACUGAAAAUCCUUUGAAAUUCAAAGGUUGGCAAGUGUCUUUUCAGACACUAAUAGACCAAAAAAAUAUUCCAAAGAAUGAAAAGCUGUUCUACCUUCAAAGGUAGACGGCUCUGCAAAACAAUCAUUAGCUCCUAAUGAUUUGAUUGUAAUCUGGCCUUUUUGUAGAAUGUUUUUGUGUUUCAAUUUGACUUGAGUUCUUCUGCCUCCACAAUGAAUACAUCCUUACCAAUAACUAAAUAUAUUUCUAAAUCAACGUACAAUCUGACUCGGUGAGAUUGUUUCAUAAUCUGCUCUGUUGUGGGAUUAGAUCUGAAUUAAUGCUGCAGAGCUGUCAGGUGAGCGUCUGACCUUCGCUGAAUGAAGCACAUCCAGUGUCGUCUGUGCAAAGCUCUCACCUGGUGGAGCUGCUGUUUGCAGAACAACGGCUGGCAACACAAACAGCAUCAAAACAAACGAUCCUCUUUUUUGUUUUUACUCAUUUAGAGGGUUAAUCUGAAGAAAUAAAUACCAUAUAGGGCUAUAAUUUCACUUUUAGCAAACACAUCAAGUGAUCAUCAAUUAAAGGCCUGACCUGCUCAUGACAUCACAGUUUUUACACGCCGAUCCUGUGCGUUAAACUCAAAAAUGUAUUUCUACCAACACCGUAAUCACGCAAAGCUAUGUUUUCCUCAACAACAGAGAGCUUCCCCAGACUGGAUUACAGCUCCAAAAAAAUAAAAGAACGACUUUCGACGUCUUGAAUGUCAAACAACUGAAUAGUGCCCGAGCGUACAGCGCCACUCACUGACACUUUUAUUUGACUCAGUAAACUGACACGAUAUCAAAGGCAAAAGUGGCUGCAGCAAGUAAAAUGUGCUUAUUGAGAUUUUGCAGGUAGGUGUGAGCGCAUCUGCAUCCCAGUGAGGCCAAGGAUUUUGGAAGAUGGCCUGGUGUCAAGAAGGGCAGCAAAGAAGCCACUUCUCUCCAAAAAAGAUCGGGGACAGAUUGAUCUUCUGCAGAAAGUCUGGCGAAUGGACUGCUGAGGACUGCUGCAAAGUCAGAUUCUCCCAUGAAGCCUCUUUCUGAUUUGGUUUGGGGCAUCUGGAAAAAGGCUUGUCCGGAAAAAAAAGUGAGCGCUACCAUCAGUCCCGUGCCACGCCACCAGAACAUUCAUGGGUCCAUGGGAGGGGACUCACUCACCAUUUGGCCCCAAAAACACAGCCAUGAACAAACAAACACCCUCCAACAGCACCUUCUUCCAACAAUCCAACAACCGUUUGGCGUCCAACAAUGGAUUUCCAGCACCAUGGAGCACCGGGCCAUGAGGCUAAAGUGAGAACCAAGUGGCUCAGGGACCAAAACGUUGAAGUUUUGGGUCCAUGGCCUGGAAACCCCUCAGAUCUUAAUCCCAUUGAGAACUUGUGGUCAAUCCUCAAGAGACAAGGUGGACAAACAACACCCACGAAUUCUGACAAACUCCAAGAAGUGGUUCUAAAAGAAUGGGUUGCUGUCAGACAAGAUUUGGCCCAGAAGUUGAUUGACAGCAUGUCCAGUGGAACUGCAGAGGUCCUGAAAAAGAAGGGCCAACACUGCAAACACCGACUCUUUGCAGAAAUGUCACGCAAUCGUCGAUAAAAGCCUUUGAAACGUAUAAAGUGCUUGUAAUUUAAUGUCAGUAGAUCCCAGAAACAACAGAAACAAAGAUCUAAAAGCAGUUUAGCAGGAAACUUUGUGAAAACUAAUAUUUGUCACGUUUGGCCGUGACUGUAGUUCGGUGCUCCUGCUUAUGGCUGAGUAAAGGACUCGUCAGUCCCAAGUGACUUGUCUGAUUUGAUUGACAGACUCAUUGUGUUAAAGACACUAAUGUGAAAAUAAAAAAACGACUUUGGAAAAUGUUGAUUUAUUUGUCAUUUUUAAAGAGUUUCUUAAAUAAACAUGUAUUAGUGUAGUGUGUAUGUUUGGAGAGAAAAGAUGAAUAUCGCAAAUGCUUUUGUAUAAUAAGCAGUUUUUUAAAAUCAAAAUUAAUAUAUUUAAUAUGUCCAAUUUACAUUUUUUGUGUGCAGGUUUUUUUUUUUUUACAAUUUCCUAAUUUUUAUAAAUUUAUGAGAUAUUUAUUGGUGGUCUGAUUGAGUAAAGUCAUUUUUAUGUAUUUAAUUGUGAGCAUUUUGGGCUCCAUGUGGUAUCACCCCUCCGGGCUAAAAGGAUGUAUCUGCAGGGAAGUAGAGCCUGUAAUCCUUUAAGAGGAUCAAGUGUGAGAUCCAGAGGGAGGGAUUCAGGAGCCACCGUCCGUCUGCGGCAGCCUGCACAGGACAUUUGUCAACUUGGCAAAGGGAGCGUGCGGUUGGGUGAAGCACGCCGAGCUGUGGUCGGUUUGUUUUCGUGCCUUUGCACAUCAAAAGGGCUGCAGGGUGGAGCUGCGUGAGGGAGAUAGAGUGAUUUGACGCUGGAGGAGAUAAAGUAAAUUGGUGAGGGAGCUUGGGCUGUUGUCAUGACAACUAAAGGAAAGGGUGGAGCCUAAAGUCAAACUUCUCCUGUGCUGGCGGCCAUGACGGUUCUAGAGGUGAUCUGCAGCCUGAUUGGCUGGUUUUGUCUCUACCUGGUGUUCUGCUGGACGUUCUCCCAGCGAGGACCCGAGUGGAACUGCCGCCUGGUCACCUUCACCCACGGGGUCCUCAUAGUGCUGCUGACGGCGUACGUGGUCUUCGUUGAUGGACCCUGGCCCUUCACGCACGCCGGCACAGAAAACACCGAGCUCCAGACGUUGGCCCUGGCCGUCUGCCUCGGCUACUUCUUCUUCGACCUGGGCUGGUGUGUGUGUCAUCGCACCGAGGGCGCCGUCAUGAUGGCACACCACGCCGCCAGCAUCCUGGGAAUUCUGCUGGCGCUGUCCAUGGGAGUGUCGGGCUGCGAAACCUGCGGCGUCAUCUUCGGCAGCGAGAUAACCAACCCUCUGCUGCAGACCCGGUGGUUCAUCCGCCAGCUGGGACUGUACGACAGCCUGCUGGGCGACGCCGUGGACCUCCUCUUCAUCCUGCUCUUUGCCUUUGUGCGCGUGGGCGUUGGCACCGUCAUGUUUUACUGUGAACUGACCUCUUCAAGGACUUCACUGAUCAUGAAGCUGGGAGGUGUUGUUAUGUACGGCCUGGCAUGGGUGUUCAUGGUGGACAUAGCCAGGUUUGGCUACAAGAAGAGCAGAGCCAAGUACAAAAAGUGGAAGGAGAACCACAAAUGUAAAGAAAAAAGUGCAGGGGUGCCAUCUAACAACUGAAGGAAUGCUAGGAAGUCAUGGCGCAGCAGAAGGGCGGUCGACAUCCGAUCGGAAGAUUGCAGGUUCGAUUCCAGUCCGUGUGUCGAAGUGUCUUUGGGCAACCACAUUGCCUCUGGUGGAUGUGGGUUGGACCCUGCAAUAGUCAAAUCUGUACAGGUGGCCCCGCGCGAAAUAUCAAGGUUGUAGUCCGCUUCGUGAACCUGCAGAGAAAAAAAUGUUCAUACCUGUUUUUCUACGGUUCUGCUGCAGCGAUGGGUAGUAGUGAAGGCUUGACACAUAAGGGUGAAGUGGGUGAAACGUACCUACCAGAGCUGUUUUUGCCCGAUACAUUUGCUGUCUGUUCAGCCUGACUGUUGAAGAUGAGGAAAUUAGACUGUAAUGUGUGUGGGAAUCCUGUGGGCGCCCUAAGGGCACUUGAGCAGCACGUGCACACGCCGUGCGUGCAGCAUUCACACACAGUGAGGAGCCAGUAACUGACGGGCACAAUUGGUGAGGCGUAAGGACAGCGUACGACAGCAUCACCUGUACGUCAUAAAUGCGUGCAUCUUCCAUCAUCCUUACAAACACUUCACGGUGAUACAAUUACUACACGCACAGCAAUGGUACGGUCCAUUUUUUUGGCGUCCCUUGAUGUGGCCAUAGGAGCCUUAAGGGAACUUCGAGACACACCUGCGCUCCCGCAGCAACCCUCCACUGUCCCGGACAGCCCAAAAAACCCGCAGCUCAUGCACGGAUGCAUGUGACUGGGGCUCAAGUCCUCUCUUUUGAAGCACUAUGGGUGCCAUACAGAAGCGUUUGAUGUCAACAAUGACAACACUUAAGUCAAUCCAACUGUUGACGGUCUUAUAAUUUCCCCACACUGAGUCAGACAUCGACCAACCAGUGUCAAGGUAAACAAAGGUUGAGGUUACAUUAUCAGACACUGACCAGAUCAUGUCCGAAAAGUAGUUUUUUGGAUAGAUGGAUAGAUUUUUUUUUUGUAACCCUUGUGCUAUCCUAGGCACGUUAACAUUGGGAGUUGGGUCAUCUAGACCCACUAGACAGAGCUCUGAACCUUUUUUCUUCAAUGAUUUGUGAUCUUCACUGGUGUUUAUGGAUUACAUGAAAUCUUUCCACCUUUGUCAUGGUAGGGGGAACACAUCAAUGCAAGGGUGGGGUCAUCUAAGAUAGCACAAGGGUUAAUUUAGCAGCUGAUCUGUAAACUAAAUAGUUUUUAAGUUAAUUUUAGUUGUUCUCGUGGGACAUGAAUUUAAUCAGAAGGCAGAUCAUUAGUUAAAACUAAAAUAUUGUUUUUUUUAAACCCCUCAACUGUUUUUGAGGAAUUUUUAGGUUUAUUUCUUAAGUUGUGUAGAAAAUUGAUUUGAACUAGAAGGAGCUGCAUUUCCAGAAGAAAAUGCAGAGUUGAAUGCUGUAUUUCUGAAUGAAAGCUGAAUUUGCUGAGGAAAUGGCGAAAGACUUGUUUGAGAAAAAUGCCCGAGCCGGUUCUUGAACCGGCGAGCUUCUGCACCAAGCAUUCCAGAUGUUUUUCUAUGGAGCCAAAAAUCCUGGAAUAUCUUGAAAUGUUGAAGGAUUCGAAGGACCAAAAGUCUUGGCUGGAAUAAGAUGAAACAGUUGAAUAUUUUGAAUGGUUGAAAUGGGAGAAAAAUUGUAGAAGUUAAGUGCCGAGAAACGAUGGAAGAUAGAGCAAAGAAGAAAAAAAACAAUACAAAAGACAGAUGUUUCUAACAGAGGGAAUGUAACCUGCCUGUCAAAAAUAAAGAGUUCAAUUUCUACUUUAAUAAAAAAUCUGAAUUUAAAAGUCAAA